AUGAGUGUCUUCUUUAUCGGCUGGGAGUUGUGGCAGGAAAUGACCUUUGUCCUCGCUUGCUGCAUUGUUCUCGUCUUCGCUAUUGGGCUCGCCCGGCUGCGGUGGACCAAUCGAGCUGUGCGCCGUUUAGAAAUCAUCGACGAGGAGAAGAGGGCUCGACUCUCGGCAAUGUCUCACUGCGGUAUCGACGCCUUACGGCCCCCCGAGGUUCCAUUCGGCAUUCGCGCCAUACAGAGCGGCAUCGAGGUGGAGGGGAUCUGGAUCUCGCGGCCUAACACGCCGGAUCCCAGUCAGCCUGCUACGCCAGCAACCCUGGUGGGACAUCAUAUUGCUAUGAGUAAAGGAAAGGAGAAAAUGCUCGACGCUGGGAUACCGGAAUUCUCAAGUGUCUAUCUCGCUUCUGAAAGUCGUCAUGGCGAUCACACCUCCCAGCUCGAUCUGUCAUGCAGAACACCAACAAUUAAGACUUUGGACGUAUCGCCGAGCCCUGGACGUUACGGCUCAAAUCCUCUGGGCCUGAGAAACUCCCCACCAAAGCUUCAAAUCCACCAAUACACCCCCAAGGGACUUCGAGAUGAACGGCAUAUGAGCGAUGCCUCGGCUGUAUCCAGCCUCCGCAAUCCAUUCACCACGCCCGCUCAAACCCCAACACUUUGCUCUUUAAACCGAACGUCCGUUGCUGGCUCAGAGCAAGACACAUCCAUCUCCGUGCUGGCUCUGUACAAUACAGUGGAGGCUCAGGUUGGUCACUAUGCUGGGAUGGUGAGCCGUGGAGGUGUGGUGGUCCCAGCCGGAUUCGGACGGGAGAUAUCGAAUCGGACUGCCUGGGAGACAGCCUCAAAUGGGGAUUGGGCUCAGCCACAACCUGUCGAACCGAAUACUUCUAGCAAGUUAACACCAGCCCAUCGCAAGUUACGAAAGGGACCGGCCGUUACGAGUGGACGGCCACCUUCAGUCUCAUCAAGUAGCAACUGA